AUGGAUGCGCGCAAUCAAGUUCAGGCUGCUGUGCAGAAAGUCUUGGACAAGAUCGAUGUGCUUCAACAUGGCCCUCCAGAGGACCUGGCCAAGAACGUGCAAAGCUACCUGCACCAGCUCUCAGAAGUGGACCGCAAAGCACCGUUGCUGGGAAAGUCAGCGAAAGGUGCCAGAGCCAGCGGUGCGAUUCAUGGACGAGGCCCAUGUGGCCAUGCCAUGCGCGAUGUCAUGGAUGUCAUGGAUGUCAUGCCAGGGUGGAUCGCUGCCGACCUGGUGUUGGGCGCCAAGUUUGCGGAGCGAGAUGUUCUAAGAAUUCAUGAAGGGGGUUCCUAA